AUGCAAGCACGCGAUUUCGUCAGGACUGCCAAAAAGGCCCUCCUCUCCCAUUCCGUGUCAAUUCAGAAUUACACUGAAGAAGAUUGCCAAAUCGCCUACCAUGCCACAACCAACUCAUUCAUGCAGACAAUCCGAUUUGUGCACAUUUUCUUUUGCACAAUCGGCGCCGUUUCAUCAACGUUGUUCAUUUUCGUCUUGAUUUCGUCGUCAUCGAAAAAUUUGCACUUGAAUUUGCGUAUUUCGCUGGCAUCGCUGGCGGUGGCAGCCCUAAUUGCUUGCCUUCAACUUGACUUCAUUGCAUUCUAUCACUUAUUUCAAACAUUAACGGCGGACAAUGCGUGCGAUUCAAUGUACGAGGCUCAAAAAUGUGCAAUCAUAAGGUUCCCUGUGGUGUUGUCGAUAUACGCAACCCUCUGUGGAAUCAUUAUUCUCGCCAUUGAAAGAACUAUAGCCACCUUAAAGUAUAAGACUUAUGAGGCGCACGGCUCACGUGUCGUCGGCGUUGUUCUCGUAGUCGCUCAAUGGAUCAUCUGCGUGAUCAUCGCCAUCAUUUCGGUGCUGCUUCGAUCCGACCCCGGGUUCGUCCACUAUUGCACCGCCUACGUUUCGCAUCCAAGAACAGCUGUCUUCUCAUUGUGCUUCAUGUCGACUUUGGAAAUUGUCACACUGCUAUAUUUUAUGAUUUUACUCCAAUCCAAUCAGAGGCGACAAGUCAAUGAAUUUGUAAAUAAAGCGAUGCAUUCGCUCACAGAGAGAUAUCAAUUACAGGAGAAUGUGCGAAUAAUGCGAAUUCUCAUCCCUUCAAUCACAGUCCACGCGGUUUUGGGAAUUGCCGGCCUCGGAUCGAUGCUCGUUUUCGCAAUAUUAUACAGAUCGGCGGAUGAGAGAUUAAUAGUUGGGUUCGCGCCAUUCUCGGAAGUCGUCAUGCUCGUGAUACCGAUUUACGCGGUCGUGUUUCCAUUGGUCGCGAUUUUUCGGAAUAAACAGCUGAGAUUGGCAACGAGGAAGGCUCUUCCGUUUUUGUUCAAUCCCACAAGUCCGGAAACAAGUGAAAUGCUGGUAGAACACGCCCCACCGGUUCACAAUGUCAUUGUUAGCCGGCCGAGUCGUCAACUGGAAAAAGAAUCCGACACUCAUUUCGUUUUGUUGAACGAGAUGUGGAAAAAAGGAUAA